AUGGAGCUGAAAAAUACAGAAAGCCAUGGCGUCGACCAUGUCGACCGCGCGGACGACAUGCACCUGCAAGCCCCUGAGGGAUCGUCUCUCCCGUGGUACAAGCAGUCGGAGCUGAGGAAAUUAUACCUCUUGAUGAUUUUUCUCUUUCUCAGUUCUACAACGCUGGGUUAUGACGGCAGUUUGUUGAACGGACUUCAGACUAUGCAGUCAUGGCAGGCUUACUUCGACCACCCUUCCGGUAGCCGUCUCGGAAUCUUUGGUGCCAUGCCCGGUUUCGGCGGUCUCUUCGUUCUCCUUUUCGCCCCUUACAUCGCCGAUGGCAUCGGCCGAAAGCGCGGCACAGCUGUCGGAUGUCUCCUCGUUGUCGUUGGUGCCCUCCUCCAAGCAUUCCCCAAACAAGGAUCAGGAAGAGACGCAAUGUAUCUCAUCGGCCGUUUCAUCAUGGGUGCUGGCUCCAACAUCUCCAACGGCACCUGCCCGCUUCUCAUUACCGAAGUCGCACACCCUCAGCACCGCGGCAAGGUUACGACGCUUUACAAUACACUCUGGUACCUGGGCUCCAUCAUUGCGGCUUGGACGUGCUUCGGCACGUUGACGAAUCAGCACGGCGAUAUCCAAUGGCGGUUGCCCACAGGCUUGCAAUGCAUGAUGCCCGGCAUCCAGCUUUUUGCCGUGUGGUUACUGCCCGAGAGCCCGAGAUGGCUGAUUAGCAAGGGCAAGGAGGAACAGGCAAAGAAGGUGCUGAUCAAGUACCAUGGUAACGGCGACGAAAACGACGAGUUUGCGCAGUGGGAGUUUGCCGAGAUCGCCAGCACGCUCAGGUUGGAGAAGGAGGCCGCGUCCAGCAGCGGCUGGAUGGAGUUGGUCCGCACGCCCGGCAACCGAAAGCGUUGCGCCCUGAUUAUUGCCACGGCCAUUUUCUCUCAGUGCAGUGGAAACGGCUUGGUUUCAUACUAUCUUGCCGUUAUUCUCAGCACCAUCGGCAUCAAGGAUUCCAUCACGCAGUCAUAUAUCAACGGAGGACUCACCAUCUGGUGUUGGCUUGUUUCACUUACCGCCGCCUUCUUCGUCGACCGCGUCGGACGCCGCGUGCUUUUCCUCUUUGCCGGUGUCGGCAUGCUGCUGUCCUUCUCAGUAUGGACGGCUUGUAGUGCAGUGUACGCGCAAACGGAGUCAUCCGCAGCCGGCAUUGCCGUUGUUGCCAUGAUUUUCGUCUUUUACGGCGUUGCUGGAGCAGCCUGGCCCGGACUUACUGUCUCCUACACCGUCGAGAUCCUCCCGUACAACAUUCGUGCCAAGGGUCUUACUCUGUGCUUCUGCUUUACGGCGCUGAGCGGUGUCUUUAACCAAUGGGUUAAUCCUCUCGGAAUUGAAGAGUUGGAAUGGCGGUUCUACUUUGUCUAUAUUGCCAUUUUGGUGAUUGAGGUCUUGGUGAUUUAUUUCUUCUUCGUCGAAACUAAAGGCCCCACUCUGGAGGAGAUUUCGAUGCUCUUUGACGGAAAGGAUUCUGCGGUCGGAGUUGCUCGGGUUGCAGCCCAGGCACAUGUUGAAAAGGUGGAGAAAACGGAGUCGGCAUGA